UUACAGCAUCUCUCCAUCACCGAAACAGCUCUCUUCUAUAGUUUCAACUACUAUAAUUCACUAGAAAUACUGCUCUUUUCUAUGGCUUCCAAAAGCACGACAUCACUUGCUCUCUUUCUUGCAGUCAACCUUCUCUUCUUCUCCCUAGUCACCGCCAAGAGUAGCAGUUGCCCCCCUCCUCCUAAACCCAAACCAACACCAACACCAAGCCCUUCCGGUGGAAAGUGCCCAAAGGAUGCACUUAAAUUAGGUGUAUGUGCUGGUUUGCUCGGUUCAUUGCUUAAUGUCACCGUUGGCACUCCCCCAGUACAACCUUGCUGUAGUGUCAUUCAAGGCCUUCUUGAUCUCGAGGCUGCUGUUUGCCUUUGCACUGCCAUCAAAGCUAACAUCUUGGGCAUCAACCUUAAUAUCCCAGUAUCUCUAAGCUUGCUUCUCAAUGUCUGUGGAAAGAAGGUCCCCAAGGGUUUCCAGUGCCCCUAAAAGUAUUUUUAUUCCAUCAUGCAUGGUUUGCUUAGUGUGUGAUUUUUCAUGGUGUGAAGUACUUUGAUUUUCUAUUAAGAAUCGUGUGAUGUAAGUGUAACAGCUACUUGCUUUGCUUUGUUUCAGUGCUUGUCUGUUUACCGCCAAUAAGUGUAGCUUCCCUUGAUAAUGUCUACUCCAGUUUUUUUUUUUUUUUUAUGGAAUGAAUGCCGCGGUUGAAUUUGAUUAAGAUGUAAUUCCAGUUAUAAA